AUGAGCCUCUAUCCCGCUUUAUCGUCCAUGGCGUCGCAAUUGACCUGGACCGUCAUCUUGAUCUUGGCCUCAUAUCUCUUGGUCCGGCGGCUAAGCCAAUCGAGAGUGAAAUACCGAGAUGGUCUCCCGAUACCUCCUCUCGUGGGCAACUGGAUCCCAUUCCUCGGAAAUGCUAUUGAUAUUGCGAGAGGCGACAAUUUCUGGAGGGAGAGGAUGAGCGCAUACGGUCCAGUUUUCCGAGUCAACGCCAUGGGGUCUGAGAAGAUCUAUACGGUAGACCCGAGCAUCAUCUCAUGGGUUUAUAGGAAUUCCAAGACCUGCGACUUUCCUUGGUACCGUAGGCACAUGUCGAAUCACGUCUAUGGUAUGAGCCGAGAUGUUGCUUUCUCACCCGUCUGGGAUGAGCACCUCUUUGCAAUGCACCAUCGGGCCAUGUCUCCCGGAAUGAUCGGGACCCUGAGCGAGAGAUAUGUCGAUGAAUUGGAGGUGUUGAUGUCGGCUUGGACCAAGGACGUGGAGGCUUUGGGGAACGGGCAGGGAACUCUGGUUGAUUUGGCAGAUUCUGUCUUCGAUAUCAUGUACAUCGCCUCAUCCAAGGCAUUCUUUUCGUCCUCCUUCCCGGCCAAAGAAUCGAUACCCGCAUUCAAAGCGUUCGAUCAAUCGAUUCCUCUCUUACUCCUCGAGACACUACCCUCACUGCUCAUGUCCCCAGCCAGACGUACAAGGACGGAUCUCAACAAGAUCAUUAUGGAUUGGUGGAAGACCAUUCGGGAGGACUUAAAAGCCAGAGAGGCACUGGCUCCGAGUCUCAUCGGAAUGCUAGAUACAGGUGAAGAGGAAGGAUGGAGCGAUGAUGAUCUGGUAUCUUGUGCUCUUCCCGAGCUUUGGGCACUCGAGGCGAAUGCGCCUUAUGCCGCGGUCUGGACCAUUGUUGAAAUAGUCCGACGACCAGCGCUGUACGAUCUUUUGUACGAGGAGAUCACUCAAGCUAUCCAUUCGCUCUCUCCUUCUCAUCUCUCGACCCUUAUCCACUCGACUCAACCGGAACUACUUGCCAAGUGUCCCGGACUCAAUGCAGCGUUCCAGGAGACGCUCCGACUACAUACAUCGUCCUUCUCAAUCCGAAAAGUCAUGGAACCGCUCGUUAUUCCAGGUAACUUGAUCACUUCUGGCCCAGGAAAAGGCGUGGGAUACAGUGUGGCCAAGGAUGACGACAUUGUCUGCGUCACGAGACAUGGUCAUGUCUCAACAGAUAUGGAAUGGGGAGUGACAGCGGAUAUCUGGGAUCACACGAGACACUUGAACGCGAACGCAAAGACGGCUCAGAUGUGGCCGUUUGGAGGUGGAACAUCCAUGUGUGAAGGCCGACAUUUUGCCUCUAUCGAGAUCCUCACAUUCCUCAUCUCAUUCAUUCACACCUUCGAUGUCCAGGUGGUGUCGGACAACAUGCAGGUCGACAUGACCAGAGUCGGGCUGGGCAUCAUCCAGCCAAAAGGCAAGACGAUCGUGAGACUAUCCAGGCGGUAA